AUGAUAGACACAGUUGAAUGCCUUUAUUUAGUCAAUAAAACACACAUAAAUCUCUCAUGCAGAUUGAAUAGAACUCAAGAGCUAAAGAUGAGAAACCAAACAAUAACAUUUAUUCUGCUGGGAUUAACUGAUGACCCACAACUGAAGGUUGUGAUCUUCUUCUUUCUUUUAAUCACCUACAUGCUGAGUGUGACGGGGAAUCUGACCAUCAUCACACUCACCUUCAUCAGUUCUCACCUGAAAACUGCCAUGUACUUUUUCCUACAAAAUCUCUCCUUCUUAGAAAUCUCAUUUACAUCUGCAUGCAUUCCCAGGUACCUCUACAAUAUAUCAACAGGUGACAAGACAAUAACAUAUGAUAAUUGUGCUAUUCAAAUUUUUUUUACUGACCUCUUUGCUGCCACAGAAUUUUUUCUCCUAGCGACCAUGUCCUAUGAUCGAUAUGUAGCCAUCUGCAAACCUCUGCAUUACAUGACCAUCAUGAACAGCAAGGUCUGUAGGAGACUCAUUCUUUGCUGCUGGACAGCUGGCUUGUUGAUCAUCCUCCCACCUCUAAGCCUGGGCCUAAAUCUAGAAUUCUGUGAUUCUACUGUCAUUGACCAUUUUCUCUGUGAUGCGUCCCCUAUCCUAAAGAUCUCAUGCUCUGAAACAUGGCUCAUAGAGCAAGUAGUCAUAGUCUGUGCUGUGUUGACCUUUAUUGUGACCCUUGUAUGUGUUGUUCUUUCCUAUGCAUACAUCAUUACGACAAUUUUAGGCUUCCCUUCUGCCCAGCAAAAGAAAAAAGCCUUUUCUACCUGUUCUUCCCACAUGAUUGUCAUUUCCAUCACCUACGGAAGCUGUAUCUUUAUCUAUGUCAAACCUUCAGCAAAGAACUCAGUGGCCAUAAAUAAGGGUGUUGCAAUACUUACAACUUCCGUAGCUCCUAUGAUGAACCCUUUCAUUUAUACCUUGAGGAACAAGCAAGUUAAACAAGCAUUCAGCGAGUCUGUAAAAAGAAUUGUAUUGCUCUUAAAGAAAUAA